AUGUUAUCAAACUCGCUUAAUUUCACGAUUGAUAACAUCGUAAGUCUAUGGAAAAUAGACGGACCUAUACAAUUAGAAAUUGACAACUCUAAACGAAAAAAGAAAUUCAAUGCUCAAGUUAUCCGAAGAAGUGGAGUUUUUUUAGUUUUUGCUUCUGGUAAAGUUGUUGCGACAGGAUUCGAAGAAGUGACUAAAGCCGGUUCUGCCUUACAAGAAUUAUAUCCGGAUAAUAAAGUUAUCUUCAACAAAGUAGUUAACAUAACUGCUCAUAGCUUUGUGCCAUACACAUUCAAUAUCCGUGAACUAAUAGAUUCCCAUGAGGAUACCUCUUACGAACCUGAAAUUUACCCAGCAGUCUACAUCAAACUCAAUGGGUUAACUUUAAUCUAUUAUUCAACUGGAUCAAUCAUUAUAACUGGAGCCAAGGAAUUAUCACAGAUAGAUGGCGCUCUAUCUCAAUUCGCCAAACGAACAGCUCCGAUGGGUAUAUAA